AUGGCUGCAGGAAACAUCUUCCUGUCUGGCGCAAUACUUUUCAGUGGGGCUAGUGCAACCAAGGUUCUCCGGUUACUCGAGUCAAUUAAUGUUCAGGUGAUCUCGAAGGUAGCAUACAACACCUACCAGAGAGGGUGCCUACUCCCUGCCGUGACACAGGUCUCGACUACAGAAAGAGAAUGCCUGCUCUCGUCACUUCAAGACAGGAACGUGGACCUUUUGGGUGAUGGCAGGUGUGACUCCCCUGGGCACUCUGCUAAGUACCUCACAUACAGCUUUAUGGAUGCAGCAUCACAGAAGAUCAUCAACUCUGUGCAAAUUCAGGUCGGGGAGUCAGAAGAUAUUAGAUCCAGCAGCCACAUGGAAAAGGCCGGGUUCAUAAGGUGCCUGGACGAAGUGAAGUGCAAGGGCAUUACAGUUGCAUCUAUCACUACUGAUCGCCAUCCUGCUGUCCGAAAGCACAUGCGUGAGAAUGAGCCAACCAUUGUCCAUGGAUUUGACAUCUGGCAUGUUGUAAAAGGGAUGAAGAAAAAGCUUGAAGCUGCAGCCAAUUCCCGUGCAUGUGGUGCCCUAAAACCAUGGGUGCAGCAUAUUUGUAACCACCUUUACUGGUGUAGUGGCAACUCUGAGGGGAAUACAGAGUUUCUGCUUAGCAUGUGGAGAAGUUUGACCCGGCAUGUUAUCAACAUCCAUGACAGCCAUGACGGACCAUACAACCGUUGCCUCCACGGUGACCUUGGCGACCAGAGACCCUGGCUGCAGCCUGGCACUGUUGUUUACAUAAAACUGUGCAAGACAGUGUUAGACAAAAAGCUACUGAAGGAUAUUGAACAGCUCUCUACAGUGGGGCAAACAUCAGGCCUUGAAUCCUUCCACUCCUUGCUUCUGAAAUUUGCUCCCAAAUCAACGGCAUACACUCCAAAAGUUAUGCGUGCAAGGACGCAAAUCGCUAUCCUGCAUUUUAAUGAAAAUGCUGACCGCCCACUUGCACGUCGAAAGGAUGGUGGCCUGAUGUACAGGAGAAAGCUAGUUAAGACGAAAAAGGACACGGAAGUAGUUUCUACCAUGAAGACAAAAGCAACACAUAAGUAUGUAGACCAUCUUUUGAGGGAAGCAGUGACAACUUGCCAAGAUGUGAGCUACAGUGAAAUGGUAGCAGCCUGCAAAAGCCCUGAGCCUGCACCAAUGACUGCACAGUACGAACGGCAACCAAAGGAGGUCCUGAUAGCUAGAAGAAUGCUGCGGUUCCCAACAGAGUGA